UAGAUAGAGAAAAUAAAGAGUAGGGGGAGAUGUCGGACUGGGGGCCGGUGUUCGUGGCGGUGGUGCUGUUCGUGUUGCUGUCUCCGGGGCUAAUGUUUCAAGUUCCGGGACACCAAAGAUGCGUCGAAUUUGGCAACUUCCAUACCAGUGGUGCCUCCAUACUCGUUCAUGCUUUGCUUUACUUUGCUCUUAUUUGCGUCUUUUUAUUGGCCAUUAAGGUCCAUUUGUACCUCGAACACAUUGAGAGAGUUUUAAAGAGAGAGAUAGAAGAGAAAAGAGGAGAGAGAGAGAUGGGGGAUUGGGGGCCAGUAGUGAUAGCGGUGGUGCUAUUCGUGUUGUUAACGCCGGGGCUAUUGUUUCAGAUACCAGGGAGGAACAGAGUGGUGGAAUUCGGGAACAUGCAGACUAGUGGCUUGUCGAUCCUGAUUCACACCAUCAUCUAUUUUGGACUCAUCACAAUCUUUCUCAUUGCCAUCGGGGUUCACAUCUAUGCUGGCUAGAUUUUCAUUUUCACAUCCACUCUUUCUUUUUUGUUUCUAUGUUAUUGCUAAUUUGCUUUGAUUUGUUUAGUUUUUUGCUUGUUUUAUUUGUUUGUCAAGCUUUUGUAAUUGUAUCAUGUUUUUUUGAUAUGUAUUAUUAUUACCAAAUGUGUGUAAGAAUGAUUUUUCUUAUCUAAUGUUAUCAAUAAUCAGUUUAAUUUACUAAAUAAUAUUUAGGUGUGUGUGGCUGGUAA